CGUGCUCCAGAGGCCAGGAACGAGAGCUGUGCGCCUGCGCAGCCGGGGCCUCCCAGCAGCCUGCAGCGCAAGAUGGCGCCGUGGGAGUUCUGUCCCCUCACGGUCUGAGGGAGUGCCGAGUGACUCCGUCGCCGUGUUCCAGCUUCGCGAGAAAGCAGAGGCCGAGCCCCGGCGGGUGCGAUGGCCGCUGUGGUGGCCAAGCGGGAAGGGCCGCCGUUCAUCAGCGAGGCAGCCGUGCGGGGCAACGCCGCGGUUCUGGAUUACUGCCGGACUUCAGUGUCAGCGCUGUCGGGGGCCACGGCCGGCAUCCUCGGUCUCACCGGCCUUUACGGCUUCAUCUUCUACCUGCUCGCCUCCAUCCUGCUCUCCCUGCUCUUAAUUCUCAAAGCGGGAAGGAGGUGGAACAAAUACUUUAAGUCACGAAGACCUCUCUUUACAGGCGGCCUCAUUGGAGGCCUCUUCACCUACGUCCUGUUCUGGACGUUCCUCUACGGCAUGGUGCACGUCUACUGAAACGGGCGCAGGGAUGGCUUUUUUUAAAAAAACAGAUUAGGAGGACUGUUGCCAGAAGUUAACAUCGUGUAGACUUAGUUUUUUAAUUGUUCGGCUCGCUGCUUGUUCUGUAACGUUAUAAAUAAUUUAUAUCUGAAGACGAGUCUGUAAUAUUCUUCAGAUUAAAUGAAGCGUGAGAUAC